AUGAUCGUGUUCACAUUCCAAACUUUGCAGAUCGUGAACAUCAUUUUCCUUACCGUCGAGCCCGUCAUUCUCCUGAUGUUGGUCUACUUCGAGCAUAUCAUCAGGGUCACGUCUCGUAUUCAUUCUGGAUACUAUCGCACUGCAAAUGGUGAUACACACCGCGAGAGCUUUGUGGCGCGUGCAUCGGCGAAAAUAACACAUUUCCUCAAAGGCUUUUGGGUCUGGUCCAAAUUCUGGAUUGCUUCAUUGCUCGGUGUUGGUUUCCAGACAUGUUUAGUGGUAGGAUAUGCGAAGCUGAAUCCAUUUGCGAUUCUCGCUCUCACCUUCCCACUGACGAAGCAUGACGUCGUCCCUGCUCCAGAACAGCAAAAGCUGUCUAUCCUUCUCCAUCAGUAUGUUCUCACAUGGGUACCGCUCGUAUACACAACAUCAGCCGUCGCACUUGGGGGAACAUAUUUCAUAACUACUUGGAACGCGGUGGUUCUCCUUGGUGCCAUCCUUGCGUGGGUGGAAGACAUGGCUGGCGCUCGGGGAUAUGAAGACAAGGAAGAAAUUGGAAGGCAAAGGCGUCAGGUGCGAGGUGUGCACUAUGAUGCCGUGGACACUGCCGAGAACGGCCACCAUGACUUUGAGAAUGGCGACCAGUGCGUAGGCAUCAUUGAGGAAACUGAGCCGACAGAGAUUACACCUCUCAUCGCUCAGCAUGGCCAACCCACACCAUCAGAUGGAGCCAGUCCUUCUGGUGUUUAUGCAGCGGUCUCGAUGCUGGCGUUACUCAUUGUCCUUCCCCUUGCACCAUUCAGUAUGAACAUGCAUCGCUGGCUGAAUGGUAUUAUUCUCAUCAUCUUCAUCCUACGCGACCCACACUGUGUGGCCUUUGUGUCAUUCGCGCAUCGGCCCCGUGCAGCAGGUAGUGCCUUCUACGACUACACUUCUCCAUAUGGCGCAGUCAGACAAGAAGACUGUAUCACCCUUCGAGAAAGUAUGUUUGGAGAGUACGACUUUCCGAACGUCCAGCCGAAAGGUGGAAAGGUGAAGACUCCCGUUGAAAUUGCACAAAACGAAGUAAAGAAGGGCAUCUUUGAGGACCUAACCUCGAGACUAGCUUCAUCAAAUGGCCAGACGCAUCAAGCAUGCAUCGUGAAGGCUAUUUUGUCUGAACCAGAGCUCCUCAUACCUGACGAAUCUUUAAUCCGCCUUGAUGUCAAUACUCGCCCAAUGUUGCUGAAUGUCCUUCGGUCACUGCAUGAGUCUCUCAGUCCACGCAUCAUCAUGGGUCUCAGGAUCCAGGACCCUGUUCUUGACUGGAUCUCGCACAUUGCUCUAGUGACGGGCGAAACUAUCCUGACAGGUGUCAAAUAUGAAAUCAUGUCCAAGGAUGCGGAACAUCACACAAACGCAAAGGAAGCUGAGCAUAAAAUGGCAAGCACCACUCAGUCAUAUCUGCAGUCUGGCCUUGGUCAUGGAAAGCCAGUAGUUGACAUGAAGAACGUAAAUGUAUCAUACAGCCCAUGCAAGGUGCUCAAAAAUAUCAAUUGGACCAUCCACGCUGGCACCUUCUGGCGCGAAUGGUUCCGGGAAAACUACACUUUCGCUUCUGACUGCUACGGCACCGUUUAUGCCAGGGCCCAGGGACUCGCAUCAGAAAAGGCCAGCGAUCACGAGUGGUGGGAAAUGCAAUCUGUCAGUGGGCUACGCAGAGGGACCGAGGGUCUCACCGGCCAUGAGACAGAAAAUGGAGACGACGAGGAAAAGACUGGGACUCGCUAUAAUCACGAGCAUACAACAUACAUGGAACCAACAGUGAACACCGAGGGAGGGACGAGUGAUCAAGAUGAGGCGAAGUACACGAAAUGCAAUGCUUCGGCAUAUCUGAAGGUCCCUGUGGAGCCUGUGAAGAAGAUUGAGAAGUGGUGGGUGAAACACUCAUCGUGA